AUGCUAGCUCUAAAAGGACUACAGCGUGUAUCUACCCGAGGCUCUAUGGGUUUGUCCCCUAAGAUGGGAAUAUCCAUGAUGAGUACGCGCACGAAAGUGACUUUGCCAGAUCUCGACUGGGAUUUCGGUGACUUGGAACCUCACAUUUCGGGCAAAAUCAACGAACUUCAUUACACGAAACACCACCAAACGUACGUCAACGGGUUUAACGCUGCGACAGAGCAGUUAGGCGAACUAGAGUGCAAAUUGACUGGCGACACGCAGCAGGAUGUCCCAGUGACGACGAAAAUCGUCGCUUUGCAGAAAAAUCUCAAUUUCCACGGCGGCGGAUUCACCAACCAUUGUCUCUUCUGGAAAAAUCUGGCACCAAGCUCCCAGGGUGGCGGAGAACUCCCCUCCGGGAAGUUUGCAGAUCAAAUCAAGGACCAAUUCGGCUCGCUGGAAGAAUUGCAAAAGUUGACGAACGCUAAGCUCGCCGGUAUUCAAGGUUCUGGUUGGGCCUUUAUUGUCAAGAACUUGGACAAUGGCGGUGCCAUUGAUGUAGUUCAAACCUACAACCAGGACACUGUCACCGGUCCCCUUCGUCCAUUGGUGGCCAUCGAUGCCUGGGAACAUGCCUAUUACUUACAAUAUCAGAACCGUAAAGCGGAUUACUUCAAAGCCAUUUGGAACGUUAUCAACUGGAAAGAGGCUGCUCGUCGUUUCGACGCCUAA